AUGAAUCUUACGCUACUCUCCCUUUUCAAUGCUGCGUUGCUAGGAGUAGCAUAUGCAGACAUCCCUUUCCGCUACCGUUUUUACUUGUCCCCGAACUGCAGCCACGACAAUCCAGCCAUAAGCACAUGGCCGAGAAUCAACCAAGACCCGCUCAACGGCAAAUUGGGCGGUUGCUACAGCGGUCCCACGGGCACUGACUGGCAGCGUGUCGAGCUUGACGAGAGUUUCUCUGGAACCCGCUACGGGGUCCUCGUCUUCUGCGACGCCCAAUGCCAAGGCAGGGAUAUGACGCAGUACCUCAUCUUCUCAAGGCCAAACAUCUCGUGA